AUGACUUCAAUAUUACAAAAAGUGUUGGAUAUUCCCAGUGUACUUUCUCAUUUAUUAGAGGUUGAUAUUAAAGAUAUUACCAAUUGCAAAAUUUUGGGACAGGAACAAAAUGGAGAAUUUAUCCUCUGUUGGAACUUAAAAGGUCAAGGAGGAUCUUGUACUGCAGUAGGAUUAUUUUUUUACACCAUCAAAAAAAUACAAGUUUUAAUUAAGUUCAAACAUUUGAUGAAUAUUGUUCAAGCUUCAAUAAAUUAUAAAAACUCAGUUCUUGGCUAUGUAACCAAAGAGCCAUUUGAAGAUUGUGUGGAAUAUUAUCGUGUUUUUAUUAUCCACCUUGAUUAUCCUAAUUUUGAGCCAGUUGAUUUGAAUGUUAACAACCGUCGCCAAACCAUGAUUCAAUUUUUAUACAGGAAACGUAAACAGCCAGACAAUGAUCGCUUUUUAGUUUUUAUUCAUGAAACAUCUAUAACACUUUAUCAAGUGGAGGAAACUGAUAAUGUAAAGAACCAUUUAAAUAUAAAAAAGCAAGAAAAGGUUGUGAAUCAAUUUUCAUGGGCUCAAUGGGAGCCACAGCAUCAAUGUUUAUUUUACAUUCAUUAUUCAAAUAUGGCUAACAGUAAUUCAGAUGAAGCUAGUCUCUCUGCCUUACAAUUUCAUGAUGAACCUCAACAUGAAACUGUGUUAAAUGUCCCAUUAAACCUACCAAACAGAAAGAGAACAGCAGAAAAUCUAUCAAAUGGUUAUUUUGAUAUUCCUGUUCCAUUGUGUGUUCAUGACAGUAUGUUAGAUGUUCGUGUGUUGUCAGAUGCACGAGGAUUUGUUGCAGUUUGCCAUUAUUAUUUAUAUCAAGGAGUUAGUGCUCCGUUGGCCAAUGAUCAUUUAAGAACAGUGUAUUUGGCUUUUUCUGUUACUCUUCUGCACCAUGGCAGUGUAGUUCAUUGCAAUAUAGCUGGUGUACCUAUGGUUCGUGCAUACGAGUCUCGUCCAAUAUUCACUAUGCAAGGAGAUCAACAUUUAUUGGUUCACUUCCCCAACAUGUGUACAUUACUUCUGGAUGUAGGCCCUGAUCAUGAACCAAAUUGCCAUAUUGUCAUACCUUGUGCGGACGAAAACAGAAGUUGGAAGAGUACAAUAGCCACAACAAUUGGGUCUGCGGGUACAGUGGUAGAUUUAUCUACAAUGGCUGUAUUUGAAACAAAAAUCACUAAACGCCACUUAAUUGAAGCGUUUAAACAACCAAAUGCUGUACUUGCCAAUCAACAAGCCAUAUUGCAUUAUUUUAUUGUACAUAGGCGAGACAUGGAUGUUGUUAACCAACUUUUAAAUUCGGUUGUGGACAAUGGUUUAAAUAUUAACUGUUCAAAGUUGCUGCAAGAAAUAUUAGUGGGAAGUGCUUUUGCCCAAGUCAAGCGAAAUUUACUGUCUGACGCUGUAAGCCUAGCUAGAUAUUUACCUAUUACAAUAUCUAAACAUAAUAUACCACUAGAAAUUAAGGUGAAUGGAUACACACUUGCUCUUUCUCAAGAAAUGUUAGAAAACCCUAGGGUCAUGUUGUUAUCUCCUCGACAGAGAUUGAUACCAUUUCGCGAUGACUUGUGGACAAGAUUAUGGGAACUCUUACCCGGUGGAUCUAUUGUAGAAGAUAAUGCUACUUCGAGACUAGAGAUCCCUCGUUUUUCAAACACAACUGUUGCAGUCAAACUUAAUAUAUCAUUAGUGUGUUAUCAGCCCGAAGUUCUUUCUCGAUGUAGCACACCUCUGUCACCUGGAGGAUCAAUGCUUGCUAACAGCAUUGCCAACAUUGCAAUAUCUGAUCUGUCACACUCGUUUCAAUCAUCAUCGGUGCAAUUACCGUUUGUGGAAACCGACACUUCAGCAGCCAGUAAACAAGAACAUGUCAUCUCUGUUAACCUCCGGGAACUGAGCAUGCACCUACUGAAGCAAAGUUCGAUGCGUUCUAACAAACUUCGUAGCCGGUCCAUGUCUGAACCUAAUGCCAUGCAUGUGCAUGCUGUGGCCACUAAAUAUGCAUCAUCUCAGUUAGAGAUCUCAAGGUCACUGUGUGCUCAUCUAACUUUGGCCGCUGGUGUAGAUGCAAGAUUACAUAAGCAAAUCGGUUUCCAACUCAUUGACAAUAUUGAAGAUGAACAACGCCGAUCACUGUUAAUGGUAUUACAGAGACUCAUACACGCUGCAGACACAUUGGCUUUCCCUUUGCCUCAAGGUUUCCCAUCAUUCAUCACAUACCUCGGAUAUAAAGUCAUGUCAGCCACCAUGUUUGGUCAGUAUGUUCGAUGCAACACAUUUUUACUGAAUGUGGAUGUUAUGAAAAAAAUACUAGCUGAUAUAGUAGACAAUAAAGAGGGAGUGUUGAAAAAAUUAGAUCUCUUACAGAGUUUACCGCACUCGAGAGCUAAACGAUUAAUGAAUCAAUGGUCUCAUCCUAUGUCUGUCAUGUUGAGAGCAAGAGAACAUGCCGCCGAGAUUUUAGGUGGUAUGUCUAUCAGGACAUCCAAUUACCGUCGCAAUGUAAAAUACCGAACAAAUUCUGGUGUAACUUCAGCGUUUCCGUCACAACAUCGUAUGUCACCACUGGAGACAUUUCUAGAACUCCUCACAGCUAAAGCUAUGUUGGCUGACAUUGAUUACAACCUUCUCGUUGACGCUACUGUGGCAUCCACAAAAGAAAAUAUGUUAAACUAA